GCGGCCUCAGCUGGGCCAAUGACAGAAACGAGAGGGUGUUUCCUGCAGCGGCGUGGGCAUGACUUCCGGCGUGGCGACUUAAGACGUCAUUUGCCUGUGACUGGGCUUAGGGACUGGAGGCCUGGGUAGAGGUCGGUGGUCUGGUUACUCUUCGGAAUAAAUCAGAAAAAGAUAGUGAGAAUACCUCCACGCUUUUGUACCAACCGUGACACCCGCCCCCUACCCCACAGGGUUGUCUGCCGGAGAGCGCCUCCGAACCCGCCCCUAGUUCCGGCGGCUUCUGGAGGCGGUGCCCGCGCCUUGGGCGCAUUUUGCACAGCGGAGACUGUGGCUCGAGGUCACCCCUCCGGGGCUGGAGUGAGGGGUCAGCUAAGCCCGCUGGAUCAGGUUUUGUCGCCGCCUCUCAGGCCCCGCUGCACCCACAGGGUCCCAUGGCUGCGCCGGCGCUGGUGAGUGGAGCUUUCCACAGGCCCCCACCUGCUCGGAACCCCGCCCUCACGGCCCUAUCCGCAGUGUUAUAGGGGAUCUUUCUCGAUGCCGUUGGAUCUGGAGGCCAUGGGAGGAGGGGCAAGGGCAAUCACUUCCAGCCCGGAGACCUAAAUUUAGACCAGAUGUUAUGAGGAAAGGUCCCAUUUCUGGCUCUAAACCUCAGCUUGUGCCCUUGCUGCCUUAACUGUCCAUUCUCUUGAGUCUAAUAUGGGAAUAUUAACAGUUCUCUGUGGUUUGAGAGAGUUGGAGAGGGCACACACAUGACGUGUGUCCAUUGCUGUGCGCGAGUCAAAGAGCAUCACCCUGAACACCUCCUGGGGAGGGACACCCUUGGUCCUGCAGUUAUCACAGGGGCUCAGCCCAGCGGCAUUCUGGUUCUCAGGCCUCCCUGCCUCAGGCCUGUACGCAGCUGAAAGCUGGGAGAGGAAGAGCUAUGGGAACAAAAGUGAGUUGGGGGCAGUGUAUUUAGAUUGGCUGUUCCCCUGAUAGGAGUAGAAGGCCCCUGGACAGGCUAGAAGACAAAGUUACUGGAUUUAUCGGUGCAGAUACCAUCUGUUUAUUACAGGCACUGGUAUCAUUUGAAGAUGUGGCCGUGACGUUCACUGGGGAGGAAUGGGGGUAUCUGGACCUGGCGCAGAAGAUCCUGUACCAGGAAGUGAUGCUGGAGACCUGUGGGCUUCUGCUCUCACUGGGGAACCCUGUUCCCAAACCAGAGCUGAUCUCUCUGCUAGAGCACAGGCAGGAACUAUGGACAAUGAAGAGAGGCCUCUCUCAAAGCAUCUCUCCAGGUGAAAAAACAAAACCCAAGACCACUGAGCCUACCGCUUCUCUGCUGACCUCUGAAGAAACCUCUUUCCAAGAACAAGUGACACAGGGAGCCUCAAAGGAUUUCAGGUUGGAGCAAGCCAGGGAUCAGGAAGGGCCAUCAGAAAUGCCUGAAGGGACUGUGAGGCCAGGAACACACCCCCACAAGGAGACCUACCCCAGGAAGUUGAGCCCUGAUUCUGGGACAGAUGAUAGUCUAAGGAUGCUACAGGAGCAAGUUGCUCCAGGAGAUGCUGUCCAUGAACAAGACUCACACAGACCAGGAAAAGACUCCAUGAUUGAUGCAGGGAAGAACCCCUGUAUUUGCAGGGAAUGUGGGAAAGGGUUUAGCAAGAAUUGGGCCCUAGUUCGGCAUCAAAAAAUUCAUGCUGCAGUGAAGCCCUAUGAAUGUAACGAGUGUGGCAAAGCCUGUCACUACCUGGCAGACUUUGUUCGACAUACAAGGCUUCAUACUGGGGAAAAACCAUACAAGUGUAUUGAAUGUGAGAAGGCCUUCAAGCGCAGAUUUCACCUCACAGAGCACCAGCGUAUUCACACUGGAGAGAGGCCCUAUGAGUGCAAAGAAUGUGGUAAAGCUUUCACCCACCGCUCUUCUUUUAUACAGCAUAAUAUGACCCACAGUGGAGAAAAACCUUUUUUGUGCAAAGAAUGUGGGAAAGCUUUUUACUACAGCUCUUCCUUUGCUCAACACAUGAGAAUUCACACUGGAAAGAAACCCUAUGAAUGCAGUGAAUGUGGAAAGGCCUUUACUCAUCGCUCCACUUUUAUCCAGCAUAAUAUGAUCCACAUGGGAGAAAAACCCUUUUUAUGCAAAGAAUGCGGGAAAGCUUUUUGCCUUAGCUCAUCCUUCACUCAACACAUGAGGAUUCACACUGGGGAGAAACCCUAUGAGUGCAGGGAAUGUGGAAAGGCCUUUACUCAUCGCUCCACUUUUAUCCGGCAUAACAGGACCCAUACUGGAGAGAAGCCCUUUGAGUGCAAAGAAUGUGGGAAAGCGUUUUGCGAUGGCUCUUCCUUAAUUCAACACACGAGGAUUCACACUGGUGAGAAGCCCUAUGAGUGUAGUGUAUGUGGAAAGGGCUUUACCCACCAUUCUGUCUUUAUCCGACAUAAUAGAACCCACAGUAGAGAAAAAUCAUUGGAGUGCAAAGAAUGUGGAAAAGCCUUUUACUAUAGUUCUUCUUUCACUCGACACAUGAGGAUUCACUCUGGAGAGAGGCCCUAUGCUUGUGGUGAUUGUGGAAAGACAUUCACCCAACCAGCAAAUUUUGUCCGCCAUAAUAGGAUCCACACUGGAGAAAAACCCUUUGAGUGCAAAGAAUGUGAGAAGGCAUUUUGUGAUAACUUUGCCUUAACUCAACACAUGAGAAGUCACACUGGUGAGAAGCCCUUUGAAUGCAGUGAAUGUGGAAAGGCCUUCAGCCACAGUUCAUCCUUCGUACACCAUCGAAAGAUUCAUGCCGGCGUUUAAAAGGCCUUUUAAAGUAGGUAGGAAAGCCUUUUGCAGAUGGGUUCAGUUCAGUCAAUUUUAGUGAAGCCAUACUGGUGAAAUACCUUUUUAAUGUACGUUGAGGUAAAUCUGUUGGCCAGAGAAAUGUCAUGCUUGGCAUCUGAGAAUUUAUACUGAAGAGAAACAUGAGAAGUAUCAUCUCUGUGAGAAAGCCUUUUGUGGCAGGUCAUCACUUGUCAUCUAAAGAGUCAUAUUGGAAAUUGACCCAGCCUAGAGCCUUACAUUACACUUGAGAAUCAUCCUGGAGAAAGACACAGUGAUUAUUGUGCAUUUAGGAAAAACCUCAGUGAUAGCUCUAUUUAUAUUACAAGUCCAUACCAAGAAUGUUUUAAAAGAACAAAAAGGAGGUAGAUGAGAAGCAUAGAAAUGUAAAAGAAAUGCAUUUGUGGCUUCUUUGAAACUUCCCUGCCGAGCUUAUGACAAUUUGUCAUUUUUUUUUUUUGAAGGGAGGUUGGGGUAUGAGAGGCAAAAAGGCCUGAUCCCCAUUAUGUGUUUCUAAUGUACAUUCACUGCUGUCCAGUGCCAGGAGAGUUGGAAUGUUAAGGACAGCUCUGCAAACAUUUAUUAAAAGUGUUUUUUGUUCUAAAACAUUGUCUACCCUUGUAAGGCCUAAGUCUUUGUAAAAACAAAUAUAUAUAUAUAUACACACAUACAUAUACAUAUACAUAUAUAUAUAUAUAUAAUGAACAUUUUAGUCAUGAAACCUUUCAAACGUAAGAAUUUAGAAUACUAAAAUAUUCUAUAUGUUAUGGAUUCAGUUGUGUCCCCCCAAAAUAUGUGUUCUAAACCCUAACCUUAUACCUGUGGUUAUAACCCCAUUUGGGAAUGGGUUUUCUUUUUAUGUUAAUGAGGCAGUAUUGGUGCAGGGUGCGUUUUUAGUCAGCCUCUCUUGAGAUAUAAAAGGAGCAGAUUAAGAAAGCAGAGAUAAGGGAAGAUAGAUGCCAGGCCACAUGAAGAUCACCAAGAACCAAGGAAUAGAAGCUGAAGAAACAAGGAACUUCCUCCAGAGCCGACCAAGAGAGAAAUCCUUUCCCCAGAGUCAGUGCCCUGAAUUGAGACUUCUAGCCUCCUAACUGUGAGAAAAUAAAUUUGUUAAAGCCACCCGCUUGUGGUAUUUCUGUUUUAGCAGCACUAGAGAACUAACAUCAUCCUGUUAAAAACCUGUUGCCGUCGAGUCGAUUCCGACUCAUAGCGACCCCACAAGACAGAGUAGAACUGCCCCAUAGAAGACAUCAUAUAUUAUUUCAUAUUCUAGCAGAGAAGAAACUAAAAUGGGUACAUUUUACUAUAUACUUAAGUGUCUUUAAAUCUUUGAUUAAACAAAACAUAAAAACUCCUUGAUGAGGUUUCGAAUGCCCAGUCGUCUCUCUUUCUUGAUUCUGGUCUUCUUGUUUUAUUUUCUGUGUGAUUUGGGAAUGCUCUUGUAGCUCUGUGACCUUACCAUCUGAAUCCAAAUUCAUUCUUGUGAGUAGGAUUUGUUAAAUCCCUUUAAUCCUCUGUAGAGGGGGCUUCUCCAUAUCAAGCUCACAGUUUUUUAGAGGUUAAAUUGGAGGUAAAACAAGCAAGGAAAACUGCCAAGCUUAACUCUUGAAAAUUUUGGAAAAACAGACUUGGAGAAGGAAUCUCAUUGUUAAAUCUUAUAAAAGAUUGUAGGAAGAGUUAUUAUAAAAUGACUGCAAUUUUAACAAGCGGACCAGAAUGUUUUCUCUCAGUGGGGAAGUGUUGCCUUCCUCAGGAGCCUUGUCUGUACUGUAGCUAUGACAGUACUUGUAGUUAACCCGGUGGUUAAAAGCCUGGACUCUGGUGAUGGGUUGGGAUUUCAGACCACCUGUAACUGUUUACAUAAAGAGCUGGGUGACCUUGACCAUGUCACUUCUUCCUGGGCCUCAGUGUUCUUGGCUGUAAGAGUGGAAAAGAUGGUCAAUAAACCUUAAAGCACAGACCCAAAACAGGUCCAGGUUCAAAGCAGCCCAGCCAGGUUCAAAGCAAUCCAGGAAAAGAGAACCUCAUAUGCCAUGACCCGAGGAUGGGAACAGCUUGGUCUUUGGGGGAAUUGGCUCAAGACAAGUGUAGCAUGAUAAAGAGAAUGGCAAGUGAUGAUAAGGUGGACUAGGGUACAGGACCAGAUGAACAGAUAGGACUGGGAAACAGAAUCUUUACAUUUACCCACAUAGUUACUAUUUUUGGUACUGUUCUUUUUUUGUUUGUUUGUUUUCCUUUUUUGGUGUUUUCAUCACAUAUCUUUUUUCCUUCUAUGUAAAGGAAGAGAAGUAUUUUCUAUAAUAAAGGUCUCCUCGUGCUGAAUUUUUUAUUCUUUGUGUAUCUGAAAUUGUCUUUAUUUCACCUUUGCUUUUUUUUUUAUUGUGCUUUAAGUGAGUUUACAAAUCAAGUCAGUUUCUGAUAUAGAAAUUUAUAUACACCUUACUGAAAAAAAAAAAUACUCCUAAUUGCGCUCCUCUUAAUGAGACAGCACACUCCUUCCCUCGACUCUCCAUUUUCAUGUCCAUUUAGCCAGCAUCUGACACCCUCUGCUCUCUCACCUCCCCUCCAGACAGGACAUGCCAGCAUAGUCUCAUGUGUCCACUUGAUCCAAGAGGCUCAUUUUUUACCAGUAUCAUUUUCUAUCCCAUAGUCCAGUCCAAUCCCUGUCUGAAGAGUUGGCUUUGGGAAUGGCUCCUGUCUUGGGCUAACAGAAGGUCGGGGACCAUGACCUUCAGGGUCUUUCUAGUCUCAGUCAGACCAUUAAGUCUGAUCUCUUUAUGAGAAUUUGGGGUCUGCAUCCCACUGCUCUCCCGCUCCUUCAGGGGCCCUCCGUUGCGUUCCCUGUCAGGGCAGUCAUCAGCUGUAGCCGGGCACCAUCUAGCUCUUCUUCAUCUUUGCUUUUGAAAUGUAUUUUCCAGUUUGCAGUUUUUGCUUUUGUUUUUAAACACUUUAAGAUGUUCUGUUGUCUUCUGGUUAGCAUUUUUACCAACAAGUAAUCGGCUGUCAUCCUUAACUUUUUUCUUUUGUAUGUAAAAUGACCUUUUUUCCCCUUCUGUUCGCAUUUAAGAUUUUCUGUUUAUCACUGGUUUAAGCACUUUGAUUACGAUGUGCUUUGGUGGAAUUUCCUUGUGUUCGUUUAACUUCUUGGAUCUGUGAGCUUGUAGUUUCCAUCAUAUUUGAAAAUAUUUCAGUCAUUAUUUUUUCAAAUAAUUGCCUGUUCGUCUACCUCUUUAGGGCUUUCAGUUACGUGUUCAUUAGUCCCUUUGAAGCUGUCUCACAAUGCAGCGGUUUAUUUAGCCUUUUCUGUCUUCUGUUUUUUCUACUGCUAUAUCUUCCAGUUUCCUAAUAUUCUGAAAUGUUUAAUCUGCCCUUAAUCUCAUUUAAGGAGCCCUGGUGGCACAGUGGUUAAAGCACUCAGCUGCUAACUGAAAGGUCAGCGAUUUGAACCCACCAGCUGCUCUUCAGGAGAAAGAUGUGGCAGUCUGCUUCUGUAAAGAUUUACAACCUUGGAAACCUGUGGGGAAGUUCUCUGUCCCGUAGAUAGGGUCUCUUUGAGUCGGAAUUGGAUCAACAGCAGUGGGUUUAAUCUCAUCUAAUGUAUUUCAUCUCAUAAUGUAUAGUUUUUAUCUCUUUUAGUUAGAUUAGGGUCUUUAUGUUCCUCAUGCCCCUACUUAAUGCUCAAUCUUUCCUCUGGCUUCUGAGACAUACGGAAUGCAUCUCUCUGUUUUAGUGUCUUCUACUUUUACUAUUUUUGUCUUUCUGUGUCUAUUCUGAGGACCUGAUUUUUCCUCUCAUUGUGGGUUAUAUUUUCCUGUUUUGUAUCCUUGUUUAUUUGUUUAUUGGUGUUAGACAUUGUGAUUUGGGGAUAUUUUUGUCUCCCUAUAAAUUUUUUUUUUUUUUUUUUGCCAGUGACUUGUAUCUACAUUAUAAUGUAGUUCCUAAAGAAUUCCUAAAGAACUGCUUUUUUUUUGUUUUUCACUCCCCAUUUCCUGUUCGUCCUGGCCCCUGGUACCACUAAUCUACUUUGAUCUGUAUGCAUUUGCCUCUUCUAGGUGUUUCAUUCCACCUUUUGACUAUUGUGAUUAAUGCUGCAGUGAAUGUUGGUGUGCAUGUGUCUGAGUCGCUUCUUUCCAUUGUUUUGGGUAUAUAUCUAGAAGUGGAAUUGCUGGCGCAUAUGUCAAUUUUAUGUUAAUUCUAUGUUUAACUUGUUUAGGAACUGCCAGACUUUUCCACAGCAGCUGCACCAUUUUCCAUUCCCACCAGCGUUCCAACUGCUCAAUAUCCUCACCAACACUUGUUUUAUAUAUAUAUAUAUAUAUUUUUUGUUUAUAUAUAUAGUGAAAUGCUAUCCUUAUGGUUUUGAUUUGCAUUUCCCUAAUGACCAAUGAUAUUGAGCAUUUUUUCAUGUGCUUAUUGGCCGUUUGUAUGUGUUCUUUAGAGAAAUGUUCAUUCAAGUCCUUUGCUCAUUUUUUAAAUUAGGUUAUUAGUCUUUUUGUUGUUAUCGGAGUUCUUUAUAUAUGUGGAUAUUAAACCCAUAUCUGAUCUAUGUUGUCCAAAUAUUUUCUCCCAUUCUCUUGGUUGUCUUUUCACUUUUUUGAAGAUGUCCUUGAUCCACAAACAUUAAAUUUUGAUGGUUUAUUUUUUUCUUGUUCCUCAUGCCUUUGGUGUCAUAUCUAAAACUCACACAUAAGAGAAGGUCCUGAAACUUUACCUCUAUGUUUUCUUCUAAGAGUUUUAUGAUUUUAGUUCUUAUAUUUAAGUCAUGAAUCUAUUGUGAAUUAAUUUUUUGUAUUGUGUAAGGUGUGGGUCCAGCCUCAUUCUUGUGCAAGUGGAGAUCCAGUUGUCCCAGCAAACAUUUGUUGAAAAGACUGUUCUUUCCCCAUUGAAUGGAUUUGGCAUGCUUAUUGAAAAUCAGUUGGCCUUAAUGUAUGGGUUUCUUUCUUGAUUCACAGCUCUAUUCCAUUCAUCUAGAUCUAUUCUUAUACCAGUACUGCACUAUUUUAAUUACUGUAGCUUUGUAAUACAUUUUGAAAUCGGGAAGUGUGUUCCUCUUACACUUUUUUUCCCCCCAAGAUUAUUUUGGCUAUUCCGGACCUCUUGCAAUUCCAUAUGAAUUUGAGGAUUGGCUUUUCCACUUUUGCAAAAAAAGCUGUUGGAAUUUUAGUAGAAAUUGUGCUGUGUCUGUGAAAGAUAACUUUGAUAAUAAGAAUCAGCAUCGAGUUGGUUUCUGUGAGUCAAGGUCAGAUAUAUCCACUUUCCAAUUUCUCUGUUAUUUCUGACACCAGCCAUUCCCUCCUCAACACUCUCUUUCUCUGUUGGGUUCAAUAAUUUGUUGCAGUGUUUCACAGAGCUCAUGGUUUAUGCUUAUGAUAAGUGGUUUAUUAGGGUUGUUGUUAUUAGUUGCUAUCAAGUCGAUUUCAGCUCAUGGCAACCCCAUGUGUGCAGAGUUGAACAGUUCCAUAUGGUUUUCAAGGCUAUGACCUUGCAGAAGUAACAGGAUAUAACCAGAACAGGAUAUAACUAGAAGUAACAGGCAGCAUCAGGAAGAGGUACACAAAGUGUGGAAUUGUUCCCAAAGCAGGGGCUUGUCCCUCCCUUUGCCAAUCAGGACUGCACUUGCACAGGACAGCCCUUGGAGCAGAAAUGCUCCGUUAGUGCAGCUCAGCUCAGAGCAAAAAUACUCUCUGCCGCUGUAGCUCUCACAGCUUUCAAUCAGGACCUCGGACAGCUCUUCGCACUGAUCUCUGCCACUUCUUGGCUGGUCACAGCCGCUCUACUGGGCUCCAACUCACAGCCAGGCUCCCACCACCACUGCUUCUCUUGGCUGGCACUGCUGUUAAUCACACCAGCUCAACAGGCACAGCUCCGCCCAGCACAGCACUCAACCUGGUCUCAGAGGGUUUUCAGUGCUGCGCUUCCAUAUCAUGAAGGAAAGGCCAUCCCUCCCCACACUUGUCAACCAGGAAGCCCCCCAACCUACAUGUUCCAGAGCUUUUAUAAACCAGUCCAUGUACUCUUUGUCAAUCAUAGGACUAAGCUGUCUCAUCAGUUGCCUUGCCGAUUAUGGGAUAUGGCCCCCUAGCCAGACCAAAGUAACAAGCCCUAGUCAACAAUUUAGGAAAUUCUCUAAAUUGUUUUUCCUAGAAGGUGAUUCCAUACUUCACAAUCUAUAAAUCACUUUGGUUUGAAUUGGCAUCUUAAGUUCUCCAAUCCAUGGUCGUGGAUGCCUUUUUGUAUAUUUAGUUCAUGUUUAAUUUCUUUCAGCAGUGUUUUAUAGUUUUCAGUACAAAGGUCUUUCACCUUGAUUAAAUUUAUUUCUGGUGUUUUUAAUCUUUUAGAUGCUAUUAUGGUGCAGUAGUUAAGAGCUCGGCUGCUAACCAAAAGGUCAGCAGUUUGAAUCCACCAGCCCCUCCUUGGAAACCCUAUGGGGCAGUUCAGCUCUGUCCUGUAGGGUCACUAUGAGUCAGAAUCGACUCUUGACGGCAAUGGGUUUGGUUCUGGCUUUUUUAGAUGCUAUUGUGAAAGGAAUGGUUUUCUUAUUUCCUUUUGAGAUUGUUGCUGGUGUAUAGAAACAACUAAUUUAUGUGUGUUGCUCUUGUACACUGCAGCUUUGCUGAAUUUGUUUUAUUAGCCUUCAUAGCCUUCUUGUGGAUUCUUUGGGAUUUUUUUAAUACAGUGCCAUGUCAUCGGCAGAUGGAGUGCUUUUUUUUCUUUUCUGAUAUAGAUACCUUUUAUCCUAUAAUUAUUUUUUAGUUUUGUUACGGGUUUAUGUUAAGUAACUGGGAAAUAGUUUAAUCCUCCUGGGCCUUGCAUUUAAGCUUUGUUAGGGGAGACCAGAGAAAUGUUUAGUCUGGGCUGAUUUCUCCUACUGCUGAGGCAAAACCCUUUUGAGGACUCUAUUAGUUAUGUGAUUUCUCCACUCCGACUAGUAGGAACAGGCACUAUUUUGGGGCAUUUGUGAUCUCUGGGAAUUUUUCUCUCUAAUCUUUUUGAUGAUUGUUUUUCCAUAGUUUGGUAGUUUCCUCACAUACAUGGACUCAUCAAUACUCAGAGGAAUAUCUGAGAGUGACCCUUUCAAGUCUCUGAAGUUCUCACUGUAUGCAGCCCUCUCCUCUGUAGUACUUUGCCUCCAUAUGCCUUGGCCCUCCCCUUAGGAAGACUGCCAGCCUCUACCUGGGUUCCCUGUCCCUGUGUUUUGGUCUUGAAACUUUCUCCAGCAGAAAGAUAGGGCAAUUGUAGGGCUCAGCUCUUUUGUUUCCCAUGUCUCAGAGAUCAUUGCGUUUUAUUGAUGGUUUGUGACCUUAGUGUGUUUGAUUUUAAAUCAGCUGUCACCCCAAGGGGAUAGGAGGAAUAGGGAGCAAUCUUCCACAGCCCAGGUUAUGUAUAUGGUCCUGCAUGAAGACUCAUGCUUCAACUAUAGACAUAAAAAUGGAAAUAAAGAACUUUAUUACAAGCCUUGGGGGUAUGUACCCAUAGGCCACAGCAGAUGCGAGGAGGUCAUAGGUAAAGAGAGAUAGAGAGCACAGACCUGGGGCACAGCCUUUUUUAGGGUCCAAGUGUGGGAUGAGAGGAUUUUCAUGGGGUAAUUUGCCAUUGGUCCUUUGGAAACUAAAGAGUGGGAAAGUAAGGGAGAGUGGCUGUAGAACUUAAGUGGGGGAGCUGAGAAGUGGAGAAUCUGGGUGCUACUGGUAGCACAGUUAUCUGGGGCAGCUAGCUGCAGUGGGGUGUGGUGCACCUGUUAGCAGAAUGAAGAAGGGGCUGAACAGGAAUGCUAAGAUGGAGGCUGGCUAAUAGCAUUACAGUGUGCAAUAUCUUAUUUUAGGCAAGAGGGCAAAUCUGAUUCCUGUUACGUCUUGACCAGAAAAGGAAGUCUUAUGUGGAAUCUUCUGAUUUUGAUAAAUAUGGGAAAUUAAAAAGCAAAAAAUUAAAGACAAAGUUGAUUCAGCAGAAGUAUGUAUUGGCUGUAGAUAUUCUCCUGAGGCAAUAAUUAUGACCUUCAAAUAAGAAUAGAACCCCUCCUUGGGAGGCCAUAAUGGGGAGAGAACAGGAUUCCGAGAUAUUGGGGGUCAUGUGGUAGGAAUAGUUUGCCAGUUUUCCUCUCCAGGGACAGAAUUCCAAAUAAGUUUACAGUCAGAAGUUUAUGUCCAGGUUUAUGUAAGUUCUGUCUAACACCCUGUGUUGUAUUUGAGCCCCUGGUCUACUCAGGUCCUCUUUUUUUUUUUUUUAAAUAUAAUUCUGGUCUCUAAACAGCAUGGAGGGGCUGCUUGGAAUGACAGUUGAAGUCCUAGAGAGCCAUGUGGGGCUCACACCCCCAAGCAUAUAAAGAUAAGUAGAUAUAAGUCAUCAGAACUCAAUUCUGCACUCUGUGUGGUCAUCCAUCAUUAUUGUUAGGUGCCGUCAAGUUGGUUCUGACUCAUAGCAAUUGUAUGUACAACAGAAUGAAACAGUGCCAGUCCUGUGCCAUCCUAACAUUUGUUCUUAUGCUUGAGCCCAUUGUUGUAGCCACUGUGUCACUCCAUCUCCUUGAAGGCCACUGAGCCUCUACUUUACCAAGCAUGAUGUCCUUCUCAAGGGUCUGGUCCCUCCUGAUAACAUAUCUGCAGUAUGUGAGACGAAGUCUCUCCAUCCUUGUUUCUAAUGAGCAUUCUAGCUGAACUUCUUCCAAGACAGAUUUGUUAGACCUUGUAAAAUAGCUCCCAUCCCAGACCUUAGCCUCUGCUGUCUCUCUGGAGUUCUGUAGCCAAACAGUUUGGCACAUGUUUUCCAAAACGGCCUGAUGGGUACCAACCAUUUGACCUAACCAGGGUAGUGUGGAGUUUAUUUAGACCAUAAAGUUGAGCCUUACAUCAGCCUGCAUCAACCCCUUGUUGCAGGCUACAUAUUGGCUCUUCUGAGAUUGUACCUUCUCCCCUCACUGCAAAAGCUUUCAUGGCACUCGAAUCCAGCCCACAGUUCCCUGCGUUUAGGCCUUUGCCUGUUCCCUCACCCAAUCAGGGACACCUUCCAUAGUCCUCUGUAUCUCUCUCAGUGCCACUCCUUCAACAGCUCACCUGAAAUGUCCUCUUCUAAAGAAAGCCUCGAAUCCUUUUAUGGUAGUUGACAUCUGUCUUUUCUUAGUGCUCCUAUAACAGAAAUAUCAAAAGUGGGUGGCUUUAGCAAACAGAAAUUUACUUGCCUACACUUAAGGAGGCUAGAAGUCCAAAUUCAGGCACAGGCUCUAGGGGAAGGCCUUCCUCUGUCAGCUCUGGGGGACAGUCCUUGCCUCUUUUCAGUUUCUGUUCCUCAGUUCCUUGACGAUCUUCAUGUCAUGUGGCAUUUAGCUUCCCACUCUGUGCUUUCUUGCUUCUGUCUCUAAUCUGCUCUUUUUAUAUCUCAAAAAUGAUUUAAGACACACCUACACUGGUAUAGCCCUAUUAGCAUAACAAAGGAAAUCCUAUUCCUAAAUGGAAUUACAUCUAUUGGUAUAAACCAAAAAACCAACC